UGGACGUUUUCAGCUGGUCUAAGUGCAGCCAGGAGUUACCGUAUCGCGACUUUUUUCCCCUCUGUUUGGCCUUCGGUGCGGCGCGAACGGUCUUAAAUAGAAACUAGCAUUUUAAAGUGCCUUCAUAAGAAGAAAAAACGAGUUGGUAAACACUCGUGACUCUCCCGUCAUCCUCUGCGAAACAAGUUAUGUGGUACAUGUAUGUGUUGCCGUUAUCUGAAGGUAAUUGCGAGCGUUCAGGUAACAGCGACUGGCGUCCCUAUGAAAACUUUGUAAGUGCAGGCCACAUUGUGUGGUUUGACGAUUCCCCAGCCUGCUUCAUGCAUAGUUUUCAGAGUGUGUGACAAGCUGUCAGGUGAACACUACAUGACUUACAGAAGAUAACAGAACCCAGAAGAAUUUGUGCAGCCGUCAUGUCCACAGACACCAACCAGGACCCCCCUCAGCUUGUUAAUCCCCCACCUCCCGAGGUGACCAAUCCCAGCAAGCAAGGCCGGAGGACCAACCAGCUGCAGUAUAUGCAGAACAUAGUGAUCAAAUCCCUGUGGCGGCACCAGUUCGCCUGGCCUUUUUACCAGCCUGUCGAUGCAGUUGCUCUUGGACUGCCAGACUAUCAUAAAAUAAUAACAUUGCCCAUGGACAUGGGAACCAUUAAGAAACGACUAGAGAACAACUAUUAUUGGAGUGCGAGUGAAUGCCUGGAAGACUUCAACACCAUGUUUACCAACUGCUACAUAUACAAUAAGCCUACAGACGAUAUUGUCCUGAUGGCGCUCACCUUGGAAAAGAUUUACUUGCAAAAAGUUGCCCAGAUGCCUCAGAAUGAAGUGGAGAUUGUUCCUCAUGCUGCCAAAGGGAAGGGCAAAAAAAGUAGCACUCCAGAAAGCAGGAAGAGGCGUGAGAGCUCAAGCCGUGCCAAGAGCGACUUUAAUGAGGAGUCAUUACAACAAAACACUGAACCCUGUGGCCUUAGUGAACAGCUGAAGUACUGCAAGCAUAUCCUGAAGGAAAUGCUGUCCAAGAAACAUUCUGCCUACGCCUGGCCUUUUUACAAGCCUGUAGACGCAGAAGCUCUGCAGCUACACGAUUAUCAUGACAUCAUCAAGUACCCCAUGGAUCUCAGCACGGUUAAAAAAAAGGUGGAUGCAGGAGAGUACCAGGAUGCACAAGCGUUUGCUGCAGAUGUUAGGUUAAUUUUUUCUAACUGCUACAAAUACAAUCCUGCACAUCAUGAUGUUGUUGUUAAGGCCAGAAAACUUCAGGGAGUUUUCGAGCAAAGUUUUGCAAAGAUGCCAGACGAACACGUGGAAGUGACCUCACAAGCAGGUGGCAGUUUGGACAAACCAGAGUCUGCAGAGGAGCGUGCCACCCGACUUGCUGAGUUGCAAGAACAGGUGGGUGCAGAUCAGCUUAAAGCCGUUCAUGGACAGCUUGCUGCUCUGUCUGAAUCCCCUGUGAGUAAACCAAAGAAGAAAAAAGAAAAGGACAAAAAAGACAACAGUCGACAAAAUGUUGGAGUAUUGAAUUCCAGAUGUACAUCAAAUUCCUGUGCUAGAUAUUCAUGGAAAGGGAGCAAUGAAUGGGAGUCAGAGGAUGACUCUUUGCCAAUGACUUACGUUGAAAAGCACCAGCUAAGCCUGGACAUUAACCGGUUACCUGGCAUGAAACUGGGCCACGUGGUGCACAUCAUUCAGAGCCGGGAGCCCUCGGUGUGCAACACCAACCCAGAUGAAAUCGAGAUUGACUUUGAGACGCUAAAGCCAUCCACUCUGCGCGCUCUGGAGCAAUAUGUCAAGUCAUGUCUCUGUAAGAAGUUUAAGAAAUUUCAAAAGAAAAGCCGUCAAACUCCAUCUCAUCGCACCACCAGCAGCAGCAGCAGCAGUUCUUCAGAUUCUGCCAACACCAGCUUCACUGACUCUAGCACAGAAGACAGUGACUCAUGAUUACUGUAUUGAUUUUAUUUAUUUUUGCUAUUAUGACCAAAAGACAUUUCGUCAAAUAUAUUAAACCUCUCUAUUUUGUUACCUGUUCGUUAUGUUUAAAAUAAAAAUUCCUGUUGAAAAUGUUCGUACUGUAUUUUGAAUAACGAUCUCUCUGGUGUUUAUCAGACUCUAAAUCUGCAACAGAGCUGGAUGGCAUUCUGCUUGGGUAAGAGUAGAUUUCAUUACAACAGUUUCAGAUGAUAACGUCUUUGAUUGACCAUUAUCCCAUUUUUUUACAUUUAUUUUUUUCUUUGCUGAUUUGGAAAUACUUCAAUUUAUAUUACUAAUAUUAAGUGGUGUAACUAAAUUGUUUCUUAACCAUUUAUUGACCAAGAUUUAUACAUGGCGUGGUGGACUUAUUUUGGCUGUCAAAUAAAACACAGUAACCAUUUGAAUUUUCUUAAAAGCCCCCAAAAUGGUUGAGAAGUACAGUAAUGUGAGUGCACAUGGUAACAUCUAGGCAGAUAUCCCCAUAAAGCUCUUCUACUCUUCUUUAUGAAAUCACUGGAAUUUUUUUCUUUUCAGCACAAACGGUAAUGGAGUUAUGAUCAUUUAAAAGUGCCUUUAAAAAUAGGCCCACCAGCGGGCCCAUGGUAAAUAAAGGGUUAAUUUAGCACUAAAUGCAUUUAGGUGUACCAUGCAAGAAUAAUGCACGUUACAUAAGACUGAUGAAUUAUCAGGUCUCAACAGUUUUCUUAUUUUUAUUCUGUAUGAAGAUGAAAUUGAGCAGCAGAGGCCAGGAACAUUAUGAAACACUGCAGUUUGCUUUGAGGAACAGUCCAAACAGUGGGAAUGUAAUUUCCCAUGAACAAAUCACACCAUAAAAAUUGCUUUCCAGAAACCUUAAUAACAAAUUUGAGAUUUUCGUGAUGGCAAAAAGAUGUAAUGGAGAGUUGAUUGCGUGGAAUAUGAACAGUGCUUGUUGUUGCAUACUGUUUUGUUUUCAAAUUCCAUUCCUGUAGUAACUAUUUUGUUUUUUUAUAUAUUUCUUUGUUCUAUAUAAACUAAAAAUCAGAAUACUUGAAAAUAACA